AUGGAAGUUAAGAAGCAAAUUUCUCACUCAUGGCGUUUUGAAAGUCCAUACGACUCUGACACUAAUCCUGUUUCAUUGACAAGUUCUUCAACACCUGUUGGAAUGGAGCGAAUUGCGGUUUCGUUAUCAUCACUUGAUAAAGAAAUUGAAACGAUCCAUUGUAUAGAAAAGAGAAGCUUAAGCGUUGGUGGUCAAAGCCGAUCUGCUUCACGAAAUUUAGACUUACACGAGAAGUCGGAUAAAAUUCCACAUUUUUGCGAAGAUUUAAGUGCAUUAAUGGAGGAGCCAUUAUUUGACCCAUCGCUAUCAUAUUUCAUUUCAAGACACAAUACUUCAUCAGAUCAUGGAUCUGCAUGUAGUGAAAUCGAUGACAGUCAUGAUAAUAUGCAGUAUGUAUCAAUUAAUGCGAAUGCGGUAAAGGACAGUCGGAAUUGGCAGUCGGUGGCCAAUUUAUCCGAACUCCAAAUUAUACCUAGUAGAGAAGUGUUAUAUGAGCAGCAUUUCGAUCUGAGGGAUCUAUCAAAUGAAUUACCAUUACCUGAAAAUUCCAAGAGAUUGUCCAAUUCUUCUACGGCUACUGGAAGUGCAGUGUUUUUUACUCCACAAGUCGUGAAAUUUCCGAAGGUCAAUCCUAUAGAUGAAGCAGAUGGAUACACACCAGCUCAGGAUCUUGAAGAGCAGCCCAAACUGAAUGCAAUGCAUUCAAAUCCAAAAAGUGAACAUCCUUCCGAUGCCGAGAAUCUCACUUCUUUGUCUUCAUCUUGCAUGAACUUUUUAGCCACACUUUCGGAUUCCUCACGUGAGUUGAGCGUCAUAUCAGAACACAGCGAUGCUUACGUUGAAAAUGAAAUGUGCAACUCGGACAUAUCAGUAAAUAUGCCAAGUUUUCCUGAAACAAAUCAUCGUGAAAGAGCUAUUGAUGUCGACGGUAUUGUUUCACACCAUCGUCGUUGGCGUUCUGAAAGCAAAAAUGUGCUCAAAAAGAUAUAUGAUCAAGAAGAACGGACGCCACUAAAGAAAUCAGUGCCGCUGCGUAAUUCGUCAUCACGAAAUGGUGAGCUUUCGGGACGAUGCAAAAGUCAAAUGAUUUUGAAAGAGGAAAAUAAUUUCAUCAAGAAUUGGGCAAGAUCUCAAGUAUCGGACGGCAUUAAGAAUUUGUCAUCCUCAUCUCCGAAUGUCAGUGAAAUGGCUAUACCAUCUCCAUCUCACCAAGAUAAUGCUGAACAAGUUGCCCAAAGUAUGCAACUUCAUCCGGCUAUACAGCAGAAAGGAAGAUAUAAAUGGAAAGAAGCUCUACCGGCAGCAUUUGGACCACAUCAAGUUAUUGGACCAGUUCAACGACCUUCCCGAACAACAGCUACUGCUUCCUCGCGGAAGGCAGCCGAUAAUUCUAUACAAUAUGAAAAGAGAAUUCGCGUUGAAAAGAAGCACUCACGAAAGACAAGCACACUUUUUGAUUUCUUUCGUAAACCUGAUUUACGGAGUUUUUCGGAUGUCGUUACACCGUUUAAUGAUGUAAGAACACUGGAUACCUUUACAAAACCAUUAUUGGACAAAAUACCAAAUACAGUUGGCACAAGUGAUGGCCGUUACUUAGGUGCAUAUCUCAAUAAAGAAUCACAAAAAUUUGUUCCAGAAGUGAAUAAACCAGAAUGGGCUGAUUUGGAUCUAUGGACUGAGGAACCGGCAACAUGGUCAUCCAGUAACUCUUCUCUCAAAUUAAAUAAAAAAGAACGGAAAAAACAAGAUAUUAUUCAUGAGCUGUAUUUGACCGAGAAACAUCAUUGUCAAGUGUUAGUAAUUCUUCAGCAAAUCUAUCAAGAAGGACUUCGAAUGAAGGGUAUUAUAGACGAGGCAAAACAGAGCGAAUUGAUUCCACCUGUGUUGGAUACAUUGCUUGAUUUUCAUCUCAAUUUCCUGCGACAGUUGAACCAGAAAAGAUUAGAAACAGAAGUUGUUAAUUCGGUAGCAAAAAUUAUUUACUCGGAGUUUGAAAAGGGAGAACGAAAUCAAGCUGUAAUAUAUGCUUACACGGAAUUUUGUUCAAAAUACGAUCAAUGUGGUCGUUUGUAUGAUGAAUGGAUGUUGAAAAAUGCUGAGCUCAGGAAAUUUUUUGAUCAAUAUGAACAAGAUUCAACUUAUAAAGGACGAACGUUCAAAAUGUGUUUGCUGCUCAUUGCUCAGAGAUUGACCAAAUAUCCAGUAUUGGUUGAAAAAAUUACUGAGAUGGAAAGUGGUGCAGCAAAAGAAGAAAGCAUGCGGGCUUAUCAAGCGGUGAAGGAAUUUGCGAUGCAUGUUAAUAAUGAAAUUGCUAAAUUAGAAGUAUAUAGGCGUUGGGAUCGAAUACGCUUACAGAUGGACCAUUCGUCAAAAGGCCGCUUUGGACCAAAUGAUUUUUUUACAUAUGACGAUCUCAUACUAAAUGGCAGUGAUGAGGAACGGCAAGUAAUUUGUGUAGGCGGUGCAGUUUGCCAGAAUUCACAGAAAAAGCAGGCUGAAGGAAGAACAGAAGUAGUAAUAGUAUUGUUCGAUGAUAUUCUGAUCAUGUUGGCAAAUUCGAGUAACAACAAAUAUGUAUUUCUUGAUCGUGGAUCCGGGAGCACAGUAAUUGCGCUAAAUAAGUUACUGGUUCGUGAAGUGCCACGUAGUACGAAGUUAUUCUUUUUGCUUUCUGAUGAUCCGUGUCCUGCUUUGUUUGUUGUGAGCUUUGCUUCCAAAGCUGAUGUUGACCAGUGGAAGAAAGCAAUUGAAAUGGCAAAAAAUAUGGCACCGACACAUGUAAAACGUGCCAUUGUUUCAAGUAGUAUAAAUUUGCCGGAUGAAGAUCCGGAGGAAAAAAGACUGAAUCAAGAAAUUGCAAGAUGGGAAGAGAAAUUGCGUGAACUUUUUGAUAAACGCAUAAAAAAUGAAAGAGAACUGUCAAACUACAUUGAGAAACGGUUGGCGUGGUUUGAGCAGCUUCGUUUACACAUAGCAAAGAUUCCAUUAAUGGAUCGAACGGAUAUGACUCGGAAUACUAUUCGAGAGAAGAUGAAAGGUUUGGUCAAACAAAAAUUUGUUGAAUUACGGGCAGCAAGGCGAACCUCGUUGAGCAGAGUUACAGUGGUGCAACACGCUGAACGAAUUUAUGAAGAUGAUUUUGUAUCAUUCUUUGAUGAUGCAUAUGAUGCUGGUGCUUGCACAUCAGAUUCGAAUCAUUCCACUGAUCAAAGUGAAAGUGAUGAAGGUCGUAAGAAGUUGCCGAGGCGAAAUCGAACUUUCAGUGGUAUCGGUGAGCGAAGGAAAGGUAGUUUUGUCCGACGACAUACAACGGAGCCUAAAAUAACAGAUGCAAGUCCAUGUGGUGAAGAAUACGAUUCUGUUACAGAGGAGAAAGAAAUGAGGAAGCUUCCGUUACUCUUGAGUCCGAUGGCACGCCGCGCAGCUGUAAGUAUUAUUCGAGAAAAUGCUCAACUCAGGGUUGAAAAUAAUCAGCUACAAAGUGAAAUUGCUUUUCGUGAGCUGCGUAUUGCAUCACUAAAGAGUCGACGUUUGGCGACUAUUCCAGCCAGUGCAUUGGAGGCGUUACGCAACAAACAGAAUGAAUUACAAAACGAUAAACGUGAAUUCAAGAUAUUCUCCGAACUUCGUAUAAAUGAAAUAAAUCGACGCACCACGGAAUUGUUGGAGAAAGAGGCCGAGUUGAAAACUCGUGAAGAACAAUUACAAGAGCAGUGGGUGAAAUUCUAUGAAAUGAAUAAUUCAAGUUCACCGAAUCAUCUUUCACAUGAUAUGAUGGGACCAGUCAAUUCAUCAUCUUCAUUCGACCGAUCAGUAUCGGUACGUAGCAUAACAUCGCUUACUAAAUCAUGUAGUGGUUCAUCUAUACCAUUGCAUCUAGCCGAAAAAACUGCCAAAAUAUCGCGCUCAAAAAAGUGA